UGCACCUCCUGCAUCCCCUUCGUCCGCGGCGCGGGCGCUGGGCCCGAUCCCGGCCGCCUCAAGCCCCUUGGGGCGCCAGUAGGGCCCUGUGCCCGAGCUGCGAUCCUUCUGCUCCUGGCCAGCCUGGCCGCUGUAGGAUAGCUGCCUCCCGGUCAGAGCGCCGGUUCCUCCUGAGCCUGGUCUUUGCACCCUCCCUCUUCUCCCUCAGCCCGUGGGACAUCGGCUCACCCUGGGCCUGGUUCUUGCCCCAUUUCCUCUGCCCCCAUUAUCCUGGCAGGACCUCUGACUCCCAGGUCUUGCCUUAGCCCUUUUCCUUUCUUCCCUCCAGCUAGCGUUCUGGGCCCUGGCUUUGAUCCUCUGCCCCAAACAGGGACACACACAACCUGAUCUCUUGCUGCCCUCUCUUGCAGCAGAGGCCCUGUGUCAGUGUCGGGUUUUCUUGCUGGUGACACCCUUGACGCUGCCUGUGGGGACCCUCUGCCGAGCUGUUUAGAGCCUGUCAUGAUCUGUCUAGAACUGUCAGCAGCUGGAAGCAUUUGCGUGCAUUAGUCAGACUUAAACUGUGCUGUUAUUCCAGUGCCUGUCCUCGCAUGGGAUGGGUGAGGACGUAUUGAGCAUCCAGGCCUCGUUCUCAAACAUGGGCUCCUUACCAGAUUAUCCACAGCUCACCUCCAAGUGGUGGGGUUUAGCAUUUGAGCAUGAGCAUCUGUUCUGCAUGUGUCUGUGUCAACUUUGAGUGUCCACAACUGGUAUUUGGCUGACUCACUAAGGAGCCUAGGUUUGAAAGACUGGGCCCUCUCAGAGUUUCCUCCUCUGUCUAGGUGCUGCUGCCCAACAAAAGUAUAUUUAUAGUAAAGCCCAUAAAAUAGUCCAGAAACAAUGUUCUGGGACUGCAGUUGCUGUAAGUAGAGUAAGCCUAUGUUUUAGUCUUUGUAGCCUUUUUCUGAGGCUACCUGGAAACCUCAACAGAAAAUACCCUUGGUAUAUAGUUCUGCAGUGCAGAAAAACUCAGGCUUCCCCCACAGAAAAUACAGUCCUGAGUGUCCCAUCACUCUACUGUUGCACUUGCAAGGAGAGCUGAAAGUCUUAACUUUCCUGACUUCAUGUUGAUCUAUUUGGAGAGGCUUUCUAAUGGAAGGCCCACAGCAAAAGCUCUGCAUUUAAUCAGCGCCUUUCACACAGAAGUGUACAUAGGUAGGUUUGUGUUUAGAAACUGGUAUUCCUAGAUAUUGCCCAAGAAAAGGAAUGUCACAUCUUGUACAAAACUGUAUUCUUGCUAUGGUUUGUAUCUUCUCUUCUACUGAGUUAUUUACUAUUUAAACGCACUCUGACACUUAGCAGGGCUAUCCAGGUAUUUUGCACUUUGUUUCGUAAGUGAAUAAGUGCUUUUUCUUUCUUUGUGUAUUGAGUUGCUUUUGAAUUGCUUCCCAUAUUUUUAUUUCAUACAAACUGAACAAUUGUGGCCCCUCUAUUUUAUUUAUAAAGGUUCAGUGUAUCUUUGCCUGCCUACAUCAAUCUGCAAGGGAGUUGCAGAAAAGCCUCAUGUUCAUCGAGCCGUGAGUCACAACCAAUUUUUAAAGCUGUUAUAACAAAAAAAAGUGUUUGCUUUUUCUCACGAGUAACUUUAAAAGUGUAGCUUAGAAAGAAGGAAAGAAAGAAAGAAAAAAAGAAAGAAAGAAAACAUUUUCAAUAGACACUACAUUAAUCCUGGAUGCUUGCAAAUCCUAAGCUAUAUUCAUACUUUAGUGUUACACAUACCUGUGUCAUAUACACAGAUUAGUUUUAAAAUUGUCACAUACCAUUGCCACUUUGCCUUUACUUUUAUGUAUCAUUCCCCUGACUUCCUUACUGCAGGUGUGGGCAAGAAAACUUUUCCUUUAAAACUUUUCAACAGUGGGCAUAAAAUUCUACAGCUGAGGUCUUGAAGAAUGCAGAUGGGUAUAGUAUGUGUUGGAGCUCGCAGUGUGUAUUGACUAACUUUGUUUCUUUUUUCUUUUUUUUCCUUUUUCUGCUUUUCUGAUAUUGUCUUGUUUAAGUGGCUCCCAACUACAAAAUGUCUUCUGGUGGGUGGGAGGUGGGUGGGAAGUACAUGUUUCAUGUUCCAGGCCAGUACCUACAAGCUUUGUUUUUCACGCGGCCUUGGAGAACACACUACACAAUUUGGUUGCCCAAGCCAAUUGGGCUAAUGCAUUAGGUUAUUGGAUCAGUAAAUAGCAGUGGCCUGUAAAGAUUGCCAAGCACAGCCCUGUUUUGUGAUUCAUGGUCCUCUGAUAGCAUGGGUUUUAGUAUCUCCUGUCCCCUACAUACUCUUUGUAUAUUGGGAAAAAAAAAAAGGCACAAAACAUUAUGGCUGUCAGCCAGGUUGUCUGUCUGUCUCUCUUUUUUUCUGGCUGUGCUGUCUCUUUACAUGGAUGACAGGUGAUAGACACUAUUUGGCUUGCCAGCACUACAUUUAACAUGUGAUAGACUUGAUGUAUAAAUGCAAAAAUAAUGUUUCAGUUGCCAGUUAUAAAAAAUCCAGAAUAAUUUAUCCCUAACUAAGCUUUUUCAAACAAUCUUGGGGAACAGGAAGGUGAAGUAUUUUUUUUAAUCCGCAUAUUAAGGCAAAAUCAUCAUACCAACACCUUCAUGCUUUUAUCAGUAUUCUAAUGCUUUCUUAUUUGAAACCACACCUGAAUUUCAGGAGAUGAAACCAGACAAAGGGUGAAGUUUACUGAUGAUCGUGUCUGCAAGAGUCAUCUUCUGGACUGCUGCCCUCAUGAUAUUCUGGCAGGAACGCGCAUGGACCUGGGAGAAUGUACAAAGAUCCAUGAUUUGGCACUGAGAGCAGAUUAUGAGAUUGCAAGUAAAGAGAGAGACCUGUUUUUUGAAUUGGAUGCCAUGGACCACCUGGAGUCCUUUAUUGCAGAGUGUGAUAGGAGGACAGAACUUGCCAAGAAACGACUGGCCGAAACACAGGAGGAGAUCAGUGCUGAAGUGUCUGCAAAGGCGGAAAAAGUGCACGAGCUGAAUGAAGACAUAGGGAAACUCCUGGCGAAAGCUGAGCAGUUAGGAGCAGAAGGGAACGUGGACGAAUCUCAAAAGAUCCUGAUGGAAGUGGAGAAAGUCCGAGCAAAAAAGAAAGAAGCGGAGGAAGAAUACCGCAAUUCUAUGCCAGCUUCCAGUUUCCAGCAGCAGAAGCUGCGUGUCUGUGAGGUCUGUUCAGCAUACCUUGGUCUCCAUGACAAUGACCGCCGUCUCGCUGAUCAUUUUGGUGGCAAGUUACAUUUGGGCUUCAUUCAGAUUCGUGAGAAACUGGAUCAGUUGAGGAAAACAGUGGCAGAAAAACAAGAGAAAAGAAACCAGGAUCGUUUGAGGAGGAGAGAGGAACGAGAACGAGAAGAGAGAAUGGGCAGACGGUCUGGAUCAAGAAACAGAGAUCGUAGAAGGUCGCGAUCUCGGGAUAGGAGGCGAAGGCGCUCACGAUCAGUUUCUCGUGAAAGACGGAAGUCCCGCUCCAGGUCCCGAGAGCGUGACCGACACAGACGCCACCGAAGCCGCUCACGCAGCCACAGCAGAGGUCACCGCCGGGGUUCUAGAGACAGGAGUUCAAAACAUAAAAAAGAAGUUUGGACAAUUAGGAAGUGAGGAAGACCCAGUAAUAACUAUUACUAAAGAGCAGAUCCUCUAAAGAUCGAUCUUCAAGAGAAAAGUCACGAGACAGAGAGAAGAAAGAGAAGAGCUCUUCUGAGAGACGGCACGAGAGCACA